AUGGAGCCAAUAAGAAAUUCCUCGGGGAAUAUUCAACAUAACCCUGUUAAUUCAUCCACAAGCUCUAAUAACAACCUGCCGGCAAACCCUCUGCCCUUACCACCACAUCGUGCGUCUCCAAACACAGGUUCAACUCCAAGUAAUACCAGUACUGUACCAAAUGCAACUGGGAUCAACAAUCAUGAGGAUAACAACAACGCUGACAGCAACGAUUCAGCACAACAAACGCUAAAAAAGAGGAAUAGAAUUCCAGCAUCUUGUUCCAUGUGCAGAAAGAGAAAAUCCAAAUGUGAUAGGGUACGGCCAGUAUGUGGUACAUGUAUCAGAAAGGGAAUAACACACUUGUGCCAGUACGAAUUCAACUCUGGUCACAGAUAUCUUUACCAAAACCCCCACCAAUAUAACGGGCAAGGAUACACACAACAAUCAAACUCGUAUAACUAUAAUGGACCUCAGGGUUAUCCAGGUAGUGGACCUCCUCCACCAGGACCAUUACCACCCCAUUUUCUGCACUCACCACAACAUUACAUUCCUCCGUCACCCAAUGCUUCCGACCCAGCAAACUAUGCACCACCAAAUAUUCAACAACAAUAUCCUGUGGGGCCAUCACCACCAGGUCAACCUAUUUUACCACCGCACCAGCAACAGCAACAACAACAGCAGCAGCAGCAGCAACAACAACAACAACAGCAACAUCCUCCGCACUUGUAUCACACUCCACCAUUCAAUGGUCCGCCUUUAUCUCAACCCUCACCCAACUACUCCUCUCCGGGAGCUUCUCACAUUUACUCGCCGUCAAGUGGUCCAGGAUCUUCCACGCAGUACAGACCAAUUCCACAACCACCCUUCAACAACGGUACAGAGAAAGUUCUGCCACGCCAAUUACCAAUACCAGGACCUCCUUCGCAACACAGGACCUCUCAAGAUAAUGGAAAACCAUAUUUGCCCAGUCCUACAGCAAUAUCAAAUUCAGUAUUUAGAUCUGGCUCACACCACCAACAGUCAGGAUCGAUCAGUUCACUUCCAUUACCACAGCCUCCGUCUGCCCCCUUGUCUGCAAUCGGAUCAACUUCUUUGCGUUCAGACAGUCAGCCCCAAUUACCUCCCCCAGUUGCCGGCCAGUCUACAAAAAAUGUCACUACAUCACCAUUGGCAAACUACCCUCUCUCUCAACACUCAUCUCCUAAUGAAAUCAAUGGUGGGGGGAACCAAAUGGCAACACCAACUACAAGAAUACGAUCAAUGCCUUCUGAAAAUGUGCCUUCACCUUUGACUAGUAUGCAUAAGCCCAGUGCAACAGCUACAACACCUGGUUCAUUUAUCAAUGAACAAAAACCCACUUCCAUGCAAAAUUCACCAAACGUUAAGGACUCCUUUUCAUCAAACUCAUUGGUUUCAAUUCCACUAGGCCCUAAUUCAUCAUUACAGGUUAGCACUGAGGACAGAAUGAAUGUUUUCUCCAAUUCUAGCUACUCAGUAGCAUUGGAAAACCAAAUUAUCCAAGAACAAGGAGUACUUUCGUACCUUGGAUUAACCAAGAGUGAUCCCUUCAUUACAAUUUUAAGAAACUUUACAGUCCACUUGUUUAGGGCAGGAGAAAUGACAAAGUUUAUCAGAACAGAUGCCAAUAAAAAGCGCAGAAAUUCAACAGGUUCAGCUUCUAGGCUUUCAUCCAGGCAUAGUGAUGGUUUGUCGUCAUUCCUGAAGAAACCAAAAUUGAAUUUGACGCCAGCUGAUCACGAAAAUGCUGUUGAAGCAGCACCUAUGGCUCCAAGCGAUUCAAACCAAUCAAACAAUGAUGCUGAGAUAAACAACCUUUCAAAAGCGGCAAUCAAGCAUGCACGGGAGCAGUCAUUAAAUUCGUUGAAUGUCGCUUCACCUUUCGAUAAGUACUCACCAAAUGUUGGAGAGAAUAAAAGGGAAGAGCGUAAGCUACCGAACAUCAUGCCAUCUGUUGAGUCUUUUUUCGCUGGCUCAAAUAAGAAGGAGUAUUAUUCAAUGGUGGAAAAGGUCAUUAUUGCAGUUUUGCCUGAUCAAGUAAACCUGUUUAAGUUAUUUUGCCGGUUUUUCAAAUAUGUUCAUCCUUUUAUUCCCAUCUUGGAUGAAACACCUUUAAUUGUGGAGGUGAAGAAUUUGUUGACAACUUUCCCUUCUUUCGGACAUGAUAGAUGGACUUCAGUCAAGAUUCGCAACGACCAAGACUUGCGAACAUUGGGUUUAUUUUUGCUUAUUUUGUCGUUGGGAUUCAAAAGUUUGAUACAUAAUGACAAUGUGUACAAUGAUUAUACCGAUGAAGAGGUGUCAAUGAUUCAAGACAUGACGCAAAUUUCGUCAGAUGAGUUUAAAAAGGUGAUUAAUCUAUGUAUUAGUGAUGGCUUGAUUGCUGCAAAGUCUUCAUUCAAGUUGGUUCAAUUGUUAACCCUUUUAUAUUUUUAUAAGGAAGUUUCGCCUGAUGACGGUCAUGGUAUAUGUGGAGCUGACUCACAAAUCUUACUUGGUGUGACUAUACGACAUGCACUUGCCAUUGGAUUGAAUCGUGAUCCAACAUCAUAUACUGCGUAUGAUGCUCUUUGCAAAAAUCCUGCAUUUAUCAAAACAUGGAGGUAUUUAUGGAACUACUUGACGGAAGCGGAUGCAAUGAGCAGUCUCCACAAUGGUACCAAUUUAAACUUGAGAAAUUUGAAAAUGAGCGAUGUACAGACUCCUUAUGAAUCAAAGGACAAAACGGGGGAACUUAAUGAGACGAUUAAACGAUACAAUUCAAUAUGUGAAUGUUAUCGUCAGUUGUGUAACAAAAUCAACAAUGUAUGGGAAAAGCCAAAAGUUAUGGAUAUUUUAGCUGAUACUAAUCAUUUGGAAAAGAUAUUUUUUGAUUUCUUCGGAAAAGAUUUCUUCCUGACUGUUAUCUGUAAGCCAGCAAAAGUUAACCCAAAUGCAAGUUCAUGGGAUGCAAGUACGUUUGAACAUGAAGAGCAAAUAAUCAAGGUGAUGAAAUACUGCAUGUUUAUUCAAUUGAGGACAAACUUGUCUGGUAUGUACUAUAUGAUUGCCAUUCAUUAUGAAAAUGAAUAUAACGAGUCAAAGACUCCAUCCAUGAAUGCUGGAAUUGAAUUAUUCAAGAUCUAUAUCAAGAGUGUGGUGCAAAUUGUGUACAUUAUGACUCAUGUAUUGGACAACUCGGUGGAAUUAUUUGGCAAGAAUUUUGAUUACAUUCUUACAGCAGCUAAUGAACGAUAUAUGAUUAGAACACAUUCCUUCUUGACGUCGUUCUUCAUUAGGUUGCUCCAUCAAAAGAAGGAUUUGUCUUUCAAAGUGUUUAAAGAACCAAGCUAUAUUCCUCGACUUGAAGUUAUUGACACCUUAUUCACCAUGGUUCUAGUCGAAGCGGAGUUAUUUGUAGGUAAUUUCCGCAAAUUGUCACGUACUUAUAUCAACAGUUAUCGAUUAUACAUUAUGACAUAUAUAAUCAUGCGUCAAUGUGUUGAAAACCCCGAUGUGUUUUUUGAAAAGGCAAUUAACGAUCAACUGUUUUUUCACCAGGGCACCAAUAUGAUUGAAUUUUUCACCCUUGCUGAAUUGCAUCAUUUAUGUCGAUUAUGUGGUGAAUUUCGUAAUGCCACUGAAGAAAAAAAGAGAUUGAAAAGAGAAAAAUUGAAAGCUAAGGGAAUAAUUGUUGAUAAUGAUGAUGAGAUUGAUAAUUUCAAUUUCGAUUCGUUACGAUCAUCAGUUGAUAUUGAUGAUUUCGCCAUAUUCAAUAAUGGAAAUGGUGCUACAUUUAUGUCAUUUUUUGAUGAUGACCAAGUAUUUGAUAAUUUGAAUAAUUUACCUGAUGAUAUUUUGGAUCCAGUUGCCCGUAAUGAAGAUUUGAUUCGGUUGUAUAAUAUUUAUGGAGAUUUUGAUGAGGAUUUGGUCAAAAUGGGAUCAUCUUAA